AUGCUGUCGCGGUCUACUUUCAGCCGAAAUGCGCCCCGUGCGCUCCAGAAGCAGUGCUCUGCUGCCGGCAUCAACAGCCGUCGAAGCAUGGCCUCUGCUGCGACCCCAGGCCUUCAGUACGAUGUCACCGAGGCUGCUGGCGUGAAGCUCGCCAAUAGAGAAGUAGCAGGCCCUACAGCAACCCUGGCGUUGGUUGCAAAGGCCGGCCCUCGUCACCAGCCUUUCCCUGGGUUCUCCGAUGCUCUCGAACAAUUCGCCUUCAAGUCUACACUCAAACGGUCGGCGCUGCGGAUCAACCGGGAGGUUGAACUGCUCGGCGGUGAAGUUUCUUCGACACACUCGCGUGAAAAUGUUGUCCUCAAGGCCAAGUUUCUCUCGAACGAUCUUCCUUACUUUGCCGAAUUGCUGGCAGAGGUUGCUUCUCAGUCAAAGUUUGCAGCCCACGAAUUGAAUGAGGUCGUCAUCAAGCACCUCAAGCUCAGACAACAAGCCCUUGCCGCCAACCCUGAGCAACAGGCUGUCGAUGCUGCUCACGCUCUGGCCUUCCACCGCGGCCUGGGUGAGAGCAUUACCCCUUCUACCACUACUCCUUUCGAGAAAUACCUUUCGGCUGAAGCCCUCGCCGAGUUCGCCCAGCAGGCUUAUGCCAAGUCCAACAUUGCCCUUGUGGGCAGUGGCUCGAACUCUGCUGACCUUUCCAAGUGGGUUGGCCAGUUCUUCAAGGAACUUCCCAGCUCUGGCAGCUCCAGUCAGUAUCAGCUCCAGCCCGGCGCAACUUCCAAGUACCAUGGCGGCGAGCAGCGCAUCUCUUCCAAAGCCGGUAACGCUGUUGUCAUUGCAUUCCCUGGCUCUGCUGCUUUCGGCACCUCUGGCUACAAGCCUGAGGCUUCUGUCCUUGCUGCCCUCCUAGGUGGUGAGUCCACUAUAAAAUGGACUCCUGGCUUCUCCCUCCUGGCUCAGGCUACCCAGGGCUUCUCCCAGGUCCGUGCCUCUACCAAGAGCCACACCUACUCCGAUGCUGGCCUCUUCACCAUUUCACUUUUUGGCAAGGCCGAUCAUGUUGCUUCAGCUAGCAAGAAUGCUGUGGAUGCCCUCAAGAAGGUGGCCGCCGGCGAAGUUGCUAGCGAAGACAUCAAAAAGGCAAUCGCUUUGGCGAAGUUCCGUGCUCUUGAGUCGGCUCAGAACCUCGAAACCGGUCUUGAGGCCACUGGCUCUGCUCUUCUCAGCGGCGGCAAGCCUUACCAGAUCGGCGAAAUCGCUCAAAGCAUUGACGCCGUUACGGAGGCCCAGGUUACGGAUGCCGCAAAGAACUUCCUCUCUGGCAAGGCCUCUGUCGCCUCUGUUGGAGACCUCUUCCAGCUCCCUUACGGCGAGGACCUUGGUCUGACCGUUUAA